AUGGCGACGCUCGGCAUGAUGACUAGGGAAUCACGUGCCCAAGAUCAUACUUUUGAAUCUACAUCCAGACUUGAUCCGCACCUGUUUUCACAACUCGACUUUGAAGAUGAUGACGAAGAAGAAGAAGAAGAAGAAAACACUCUUGCGGACGAAUAUGUAGUCAACACGCACUUGGCCGCUGUUCCAGCAGAGCUCGCUCUCGACAUCUUUGAGAAGUUGGAUCUGGCGAGUGUUUUUGCCCUGUCGGGAACUUGCAGGCGGUUCCACCAAGUCUACCUGGCCAACAAGAGUCAAAUUAUUUUUACUGUCUUGCAAACCGAUCCGCAUUUCAGCCCCCCGGACGGUCUCUUCCGUGUCCUGGCCAUGUCACCCACGGAUCUGGAGGUUCCCUGGCGUACCUGGCUCCCCAAGGAGGUUGUGUUUCGGCGCAGAGUACUCUGCAGAGGUGCAGCGCUGCCGACGCAUAUUCCUGGCGAACGAGUUUCGGUUCUUGGCCGGGAUGAUGAUUCUGCCCCGGGCGUAACCGUCAGACUUGAGGAUGCCGAUGCCGAUCGCGCUAUCGAGGUCUGCAAGCUGGUCAGAGGAUGGGAACGAAUCUUUCCCUACUACCGCUUCAUGAACAAUCCCGAGUGCCUGAGGCUGCUCAACGCCAAUGAAGAGCGGCGACUCCGGGCUGCGCUGUACACGUGGAUGCGAUACCACUUCUACUUCCACAGUGACCUGCGCCGACCCAGGGACUCGUUGAUUAUGCGCACGAACAUGCUCAGGAUGCUUGACAGCGGGGAGUUGACAGAUUUGGAGGACUUGUGGAAGACGGUCAGGUCAUUGGUGGAAUGUCUGUGUCCUAGCAUGGAAGCUGUGCUUUGCGAUGCUGGUCCAGACGUUUCGGCCGAGGAGGCCAGCAGGGUAGCAUGGGGUUGUACUCGGCACUGGGAGAUUGUGUCGACGAUGAUGAAGCUAGGCCCGGACAAGCUUUUGUACUACGUCAAGAACUGGCAUCUAUACACCAAGGCAAGGCUCAUUGAUGAAAUUCGGCGCGAGCGGCCGGGGAUGGAGGCGCAGAUCGAGAGCUUGUCGCAGUCGAUCCACGUGGUCAUGCGCAUGUACCAGGCGCCCAACCACGAGGAGGAUCGAUCGUCGGCGGGUAUCCUAGACUGGGAGGAGGGCCGGGAACCCGCGCGGCCGUGGUUCAGAGCCGGCGGUCACGGUAUCCUCUGGCGGACUGAGGAGGACCCGGGGGAUCAUGGGCUUGAUGAUGCCGCAUUGUUAUGGGUUGGGGCGCUAACUGAGUGACGGGGGUGUAAUGAGUGGUCGGUUUUGGAGAGCCGGGAUUUCACUGUUGUUCUUCGUUUUGGAGAUGGCGGUAGAUGAGGUACGAGUCUGUCAAGAUUUGGGACUGGGUUGUUGCUAUAAACUCUUUUGCAUCAUAGCUUGCUUAGUAUGUUUCUACCUCAUAAUUUAGCUCAUGAGCUCACUCUGGAUUUGUAUUUGGAUUUAUUUGACUUGGGUUGAAUUUGUUGCACCAUGUUUAUAUCCAUC